GCACCACCACAACAGCUGCCUGUCAAAAGCGUAAAACCCGGAAAAUAUUCGGCUUCGAUUUUUCGCCACAUAUUGGAAGGAAGAAAAAGUAAAUUUUCUUAAUUAAAACCAUCUUCGAAUCCGCCUAUUUCUAUCAAAGUGAGUGCGGCCGGUCGUAUAGUUUAGUGAAAUAGUCGUAUCUGGCUAGAAUCUUUACCCGUGGUAAGCCAAUGGAGGAGCACAAUAUGCAUUUGGGCCAACCGAUGCCGAUGGCCAUGUCGGACGACCCACCAACCGGGAACCCCAAUCCGCACCAGGGGAAGAAGUCCUCGCGGGGUAAAAAGGCACCGAAAGUGGUGGAAAGCUCCCAGCCGAUCGAGGAAGCGCUCAAGUCGGAACUGACGACGAACAACAUGAAGACGCCGAUCUCGGUGCUGCAGGAGCUGCUCAGCCGUCGUGGCAUCACACCGCAGUAUGAUCUGAUACAGGUGGAAGGGGCAGUGCACGAACCGACGUUCCGGUAUCGUGUUUCGUAUCAGGAUAAGGAUGCAAUGGGUACGGGCAAAUCGAAAAAGGAAGCGAAACAUGCCGCCGCAAAAGCGUUGAUAGACAAGCUAACGGGAUCGAUAUUUCUCGACCAUCCCGCCGUAUACAUGAACGUCCACAAGCCAGAAGUCGUAAAUGUGCACACCAACAAUAACGUCAACGGAGAGGAGGAACCGACCGGCAAUCCGAUCGGCUGGCUGCAGGAAAUGUGUAUGGCCCGCCGACUGCCACCGCCAACGUACGAGACGGAAACGGAGGAAGGAUUACCCCACGAGCGCCAGUUCACUAUCGCCUGUGUGGUACUGAACUACCGUGAGGUUGGGGAAGGCAAAAGUAAAAAGAUCGCCAAACGACAAGCAGCACAGCGGAUGUGGCAGCGGCUGCAGGACCAACCGCUCGAACCGAGCCAAAUAAUGCAGCUGCUGGACGAGGAAGGCAAUGAGGAGCUACGCCAGACUGGCUAUGCCGGCCGCUAUGCUGGCCUAAAGGAUGUUUGCAUACCAACACUCACGACCAGCCAGAGCCAUAAGGUGUCCCAGUUCCACAAGGCGCUCAAGUCCCGUGCGGGCAAAACUUUGCAGCAGCUGCAGAACUUAAGCCUUUGCGAUAGAAGCAUCGACUUCAUACGCUUACUGGCCGACAUAGCGAAGGAGCAACGGUUCGAGGUCACGUACGUGGAUAUCGAAGAAAAGGCAGGCAACGGUAAAUUCCAGUGUCUGGUGCAGCUAUCCACCAUGCCCGUUGCCGUGUGCCAUGGUAGUGGCAAUUCAAUUCAGGAGGCACAAUCGUACGCGGCGCGGAAUUCGCUCGAGUAUCUGAAAAUAAUGACCAAACCUUAAGCGGGUUCAAUAGUAAUUGCGAGUACCGCGUUUACUAGUCCUUGCCGGAUUCGGAGUGCGCUACACACUGGCCUAGACACUGGCUAGGGUGCAAGCGCGCGCGCGCGUUUUCGGUUUCCGUUUUAAGGCGUACAACUCGCCCGAAUCGUGAACCUGCGCCACAAGAGUCAGGCGCGCGCGCGCGCGCAGAGGAGGACAUUUUGCUGUGUUCACAAGCACCGUUGUGAAUGCAGGCUAUUGGUUUGAUUUGUGACACACACAUUUUUCUUCAUCAUCUUUGAGGAUUUGUUUUUUUGUUUUUUGCUUUCUACUUUAAGUAUCAAUUUAUCGUAGGCAUUUCUUUUCCUUUCUUUUUUAAUAUUUAAUACCUCGCUGCUAUUAUGGUAAAAUCGUCUGUAAUUUACGUUGAAUUAAUAGUUUCUUUUUAUUUUCUAGCUGUUUUAACUUUUUUUGUAUAAUACUUUUAUUAUAUCGUAUUUCAACAACGCUGCAAGCACGGCGGCUGAUGUUUAUUGUAUAUUUUAUCUCAUUUUUGUUUUAUUUUUAUAAAAUAUUUGAACUUUACUAUCCUUUUCAUGAAUAAUGAUAAACAAUUUUGAACACAAUUUGUAGAGAUAUUUAAACAUGGUAUCGAAUAAUUUGUCUUUUGCUUCUGAACGAUGGCUAUCAUUGGACUGGUCCUUGUAGAAUUGAUCGAUAAAAACUGAGAUGCCCCUUACAAAACCGCUGCUAUUAAUCUAACAAAUUAACGUUAAUAGGUUUCCUGAAGAGUGUAGGAAAAUCCUUUUUUGCCCCACUUUAUUUAAUUCCACAAUCCCUUCAAUACACCACCAAUAGGGUUGCGCAGUGCUUUAUCAAGCUCAAUCCCGAACAGACGUAUAGGUUUUGAGGAAACAGUAACUCCGCGUUUUGAUUCUAUGAUUAGAAUAAGAAAUUGAAAAAUUGAAAUGUUUGAACUUACAGUUUAUUGAAAACCAAACAAAAACAAAAAACACAAGCGCUCGCAAAAAGACAAAAAAAGAAAAAAGGAUACGUCAAAAAUGAGGAAGCAAAAAUGUGUGUUAUUCUGCUGGUCCACAGAUAUGGCCAUGAAAGUAAAAUACGGCUCCUGGCUCGGUGAUACCACAAUCCUCCGCACCAUCGGUUUCACGCACCACGGAUUGGCCAGCGGGAUGGGUAUUGCAUCCACCCGAACAGCGGUCCGUUGUGUCAGUGGUCCGGGUGGGGGGAAAAAACGGGAAACACCCAUAAUCUAUCGUAAUACAAGCUAUACUUUGCAUGGAACUAGUGGAUUUUGUUUUCCCAACAAGAAAUGUAAGCGAACAACAGUGAGGAAAGUGUUAUUGUAAUGCUAAUUACUAAAGCUCAACCAUAAACAAAACAAAUCUCACCCUUCAGUGGCAGAUUUUUAGAUGCCAAUAUGUGCAUGUGUGCGUGUGUAUGUAGUUCGUAAUCAGAAUGCAUUUUUUGUUACCUUAUUUCACUUGCUUUAAUAAGUAUUCUCAUAAAGAGAAGUUACUACAAUCAGGCAAAGAUCAUCCUACAAUCAGGCAUCAUUGCUCUAUUAACUGCUUACCAAUGGUUGUUUCUUGCAUAGUUUUAUCUUACUCAUUGAUAAUUGCAGAGUUUUGACCGAUGAACCAUUCUAUUUCUCGAUCAUUACUAUACCAAAAUAGGUUUGCGGUUUAACAUCAAACUCCUUGCCAAUUUCAACGUUUAUUUUCAUUUAUUUAAUAUAUUUAUCCUUUGCAACACACAUUUACAUGUACACACAUGCAUCUAAUACGUUGCUACUGGGCAAUCAGCGAAUUUGGCAAACAGAACAAUGCAUGUAAUUCUUUACACGAAGAAAGUAUGGUUCAUAUGGAACUACUUCUCCGGUCUCUACUAUUAUUACCACUACCAAUCUGCAUCACGCUAAUCAAUUUAUAUGUUAUAAAUCAGUGAAAGAUUAAGGGAAAGAGAGAGAGAGUGAGGAAGAGAGAAAUAGAGUUACUACAGCAAAGGAAAAAUAAGUGAGUGUACUUCAUCAUUCUAGUGAGCAGCGUCCCAUGCUUGUAGGAAAAUGGGCAUUAAUUUAAUGCAAAGUAUAGAGGUUGUAUGAUUGAUUGGAUGAAAAUAAACUUAUACCUAUGGGAAA